GAUCUCAUCCGGCGCGUCCUCCUGUCCCAGAUCUCCGACCCCAAGUCCCCCAAAUCCGAGGGCUUCUUCACCCGGAUCCUCUUCCACUACGCCUCCUCCGGCCUCCUCGACGACGCCGUCCGCCUCUUCCACCAGAUCCCCAACCCCACCCAGCUCUCCUUCUGCGCCCUCCUCACCGCCCUCCUCAACGACAGGAAAUACGACCUCGCCAUCGAGAAGUUCGAAACCCUGCCCAAGUCCACCGGAAUUGAGCCCGGCCUCGUCGCUUACAGCCUUUAUCUUAAGGCCUUGUGCUUUAAAGAGGACACAGAGACUGUCCGCAAGGUGCUCGAUGAAAUGGUCGAAUCGAAAGGGUUGGCUCCUGACAUCAUUUGCUACAAUGCGGUCUUGUAUGGGUACAUGAAGAGUGGAGAUGGAGAUGGGUUCGCUGGGAUUCUCGGUGAGAUUGAGAAAAGAGGGUUGGAGCCCAAUGUGUUCACUUAUAAUUGUAGGAUCGCCAUGUUUUGUGGCAAGUCUCAGAGUUUCAAGGGUGAGGAGAUUUUGGAUGUCAUGGAGUCGAAAGGGUUGGUUCCGAAUUUGUGGAGCUUUAAUGAGCUGAUUGAUGGGUUUUGCAAGGAGGGGGAUCUGGAGUCGGCGGUUAGAGUGUUUAAGAGGAUGAAGGUUAUGAAGAGGGCAAAUGGGAAAGAGGGGUUUUCACCAAAUUCGCGGUCUUACCUGUUGCUGACAAGGAGUCUGGUGGAGAAAGGAGAGUUUGGUUUGGGGCUGGAGAUUUGUAAGGAGUCGUUGGUUAGGAAGUUUGUACCACCUUUUGAGAUUGUGAAGGGAUUGGUUGAGGGAUUGGCGAAGAAUGAAAAGGUUGAGGAGGCGAAGGAUAUCAUUGAGAAAAUGAAUUUGGUGGUUACAGGUGAGGCUGUGGAUGCUUGGAAGAAGAUCGAAAACUCGCUUGCUUUAUAGGUGAGAACGGAUUACAUAAUAUAUAAGUUCAACUAUCAGAGGAGUUGCAGUUGAUAAACUUUGAAAUGUCGUCCAAUGUGCAAUCUGGCUGGUGGUUCUAAGAUUUUGAGUUAAGAUGCUUGACCACAUCAGCAAAGUUCUCAGAGAACUUACCUACUUUGAAAGGUUUUACAUUCAGAGUUCUUAGACUAAUGCUGUUCCUUUCUCGAAUUUUUGCACUGGUUGGCAAUUCCGCAAGGCAUUCUCUUGGUGAAGUUGUAAUUUACUUGGCACCUUUUAUCUUCAAAGUUAAAUGUAAUUUUGUUCCAAGUGAACAUCUUAGCAAUCAUAAAUUGCUCUAGAUUGUUGAUCUUCUUUUGUGACCUGUAGAUUUGUAAGCGAAUCUCUUAACAGCAAUGCACGACUUGAAAGCUAAUGCCGAAUGUUUUGAUAAUAUGUUUAGUGAA